CCCAUUUAGACGUCGAAGAUCACCCGACCGCUUUUCCACCAACGUUGCUGUCAAAAUUUCUUUCUAGGUCUGUGCUGCUGUGGCACGCAAGGGUGGCGUCUAACCCUCUUUUAUGACUGUGAUGAUCCUCGAUCGUUUCGACCCUUUCCCUUCCUCUCCUUAAACGCCCAUCCCCGGAAAAGCAAUUCCUGACCCUGGGUACUACAAGCGGGCGGCACUUUCUCCUACGAUACGUACGCGCAAAGAGUCACGAUAGCGACAAAGUUCUACCGAGCGGUUUCCUCGAUUACAAGGCGCCCACUCAUCUUUCCUGCGGGUUGAAGGUAAACAGACCUCGGAAAUACCCUCAAGAUGAUGUCCCGAAGCCAGUCGAGCCUGGGCUUCUUGGAUACAGGCAGAGACGACCCAUCUGCGACGGGAAUCUCGCCUCGACUUCAGCAAACCCAACAGCAGCCGCAAUCCUCCAACUCCGGUGGUCCGAUCAACCUGUCAGGUCUGGUAUGCAAUGUCCGUCGGACCACCGGCAGAGAGCCGCACCCUCUCGUGGGCGCAACGACAACCAUCCUGGGCGAUAAGCUAUACGUGUUCGGAGGCCGGGUGCUCUCCAAGAGUCGUCCGCAGCUGACGUCGGACAUAUACGAGCUGGACUUGAUCCGGCGUCACUGGACCAAGAUCGAGGCGACCGGCGAUAUCCCCCGCCCGCGGUAUUUUCACAGUGUCUGCGCCCUGGGGGACCAUAAACUCGUCUGCUACGGCGGUAUGUCGCCUGCUCUCAAUGUGUCCAAGGACCCUGCUGCCGCGAGCGGGGGAGUGGGGGGUCAGGAUGCUCAACCGGAAGUCGUGGUCAUGUCAGAUAUCCACAUCUUUGACGUGCCCACCCGGACCUGGACCCGCGUCCCGGCCAUCGAUUCCCCCCAGGGUCGCUAUGCACACUGUGCGACGAUUCUGCCCUCCAGCGCCCAUUUCACUUCAGCCACCGCACCUCUUUCGGCUAUACACCAUAACCCGGCGUCUUCGAAUCCGCACCAGGGCACGAUCGGAGUGGAUAUUGAUGGUUUUGGGGGUGCUGAGAUGGUCGUGGUCGGGGGACAAGAUAGUUCCAACCAUUAUAUCGAGCAGAUCAGUGUCUUCAACCUUCGGAGUUUGAAGUGGAUGAGCACCAGCACGCUUGGCCGCAGCUGUGGUGCUUACCGCAGCGUGGUUGCUCCCUUGCUGGGCAUGAGUGUCUCGGAGAUCGGCUCGGCGGCCGAGGAUCGAGAUGCACAGGCGCCUAUUGAGGACUCCCAGGCCGAGGGAUGCCCUAUGCUUAUUUACUCUAAUUACAACUUUCUGGAUGUCAAGUUGGAGCUUCAAGUACGCUUGCCGGACGGUCGCUUGGUCGAGAAACCCAUGCAAAGUCAGGCCUCGCCCCCGGGGUUGAGGUUCCCCAACGGAGGCGUCAUUAACGGUCAUUUCGUUGUCAGUGGUACCUAUUUGACUUCCUCGAAGCAGGAAUAUGCCCUCUGGGCACUGGACUUGAAGACCCUUACUUGGGGUCGAAUUGAUGCUGGCGGCUCGGUCUUCGGUCAGGGUAGCUGGAACCGUGGAGUCUUGUGGUCGAGAAGGAACACUUUUGUAAUUCUGGGCCACCGAAAACGCAGCCUGGUGGAAGAUUACAAUCACCGGCGUAUCAACUUCUCACACGUGUGCAUGGUAGAAUUGGAGGCUUUCGGUCUCUACAACAAUGCGUGCCGGACUGCGCCUACCUCGGGCUACGUUUCCUACAGUGCGCCGUCUGUACCGGCUUCUCUCCAGUCGAAGCUCACCAAAUUGACCUCUGGAGGACGACCGUUCUCUGCAGCCUCAGACGAACUAGGCCGUCUCGCCCACUCGCUACCUGAAAUGGCAGAUAUGGAGCUCCAGGCGGUGGGAGGGGAACGGAUCCCCGUCAACUCGCGCAUCCUGACACGCCGAUGGGGUCCCUACUUUAUUCAAAUACUCCGCGAAUCCUGCGACGGGGGACUCUCUGACUCUGCUACUCUUCGUCCUGCGGUUGCCAUGUAUCCCAGCCGCAACUCAAGCAUUACCAUCACCCCCUCGAUCGGCCAGAACAGCAACUAUUCCAACGCCAGCACGCUUGUCAGUAACCGCUCCGUCACCUCUAAAUCAUUACUAGCGAACCUCGAGAUACCCUCUGCGCAUUCUCUAUCGCCUACCGCUCGUCCCCGUGUACUCUACCUACCGCACACCUACCUCACCCUCCAAGUCCUCGUCUACUAUUUCUACACAUCCUCCUUGCCCGCGGUGGGCUCCUCUCUCUGCACCCCACAGAUUCUCUGCUCCCUCCUCCAACUUGCCCGCCCUUAUCAGGUCGACGGCCUCCUCGAAGCCACCGUCGAACGCCUCCACCAAAUGCUCGACGGCCGCAACGCCGCGGCCGUCUUCAACGCGGCCGCCAUGGCCGCGGGAGGAGGCCGUGGGACCGGGUUCGCCAGCGGGCUUGGUGGCACUUUGGAAACCCUCAACGGCGCCCACGCGGCCGCGACCGCCGCCGCGCAAGAUCCCUCUGCCCUGACCACCACGACCACCAACACCACCGCCACCACGCAACCCUCCUCAGCAGCCCAAAGCAACCUCACCUCCGACUCGUCCGACACAGAACACGGCACCACCGCGUCGGCCGCCCUCUCGACGGCCAGCAGCGCCAGCGGCGUCGGGGCCCCCUCCACCUCGCGCGGCAUCCCCCUCCGCAUCAACACCAACAUCUUCAGCCGCCGCCAACGCCACAGCGACCGCGAGCGCGCGCGUGAGCGGGAACGCGAGCGGGAACGCGAACGGGAGGUGGAGCUCGAGCGCGAACGAGACCGCGAAGACUCGAUCAGCAACGCCAGCACCGCCACCUCGGCCUCGGCCUCGACGAACACCAGCUUCGACCAGUCCGACUCAGAAUACGGCGGCGGCGAAUCCGCCGGCCGCGCCCGCUCCUCGUCGCAUCACCGCCGCAACACGGACGCCGAGCUCCGGCCCGAGCGUGAGAUCUGGACCGGCGACCUCAGCAGCGUCAUCGGCCUGCAGAAGCGGGGUCUCCGAGGGCUGAUGGAGGGCCGCCGGCUGCGGGAGCGCACGGCCAACCCCACGCCCAACGGCAGUAACGGGGUGAAACCGGGUAGUGCGGCGGUGAGCUUGAAUGGAAAUGGAGUGGAGUAGUAGUAUUAGUAAGAGUAGGCCUUCAGCAUUGGGGUUUGCGGGAAUUGUUUUUUUCUCAUUUGAAAGAUCUUCAUUCUAAGAGAGCGGGAGAGAGAGAAAGUGCGUGCGUUUUCCAUAUUCGAGUAUAUAUUGUAUCUAACUUCACUUGGACUGGAUAAUUUGGGGGCCGGAAGGAAGGUUGGUAGAUAGUAAUGAUGAACGAUGCA